AUGUUAACGCCCGUGUUCGUUUGCACGCAAGAUGACUCCUUCGUCAUUGUAGCGAUCACUCUCUCCGCUAUGUGCAAAGUGAUGGGAGCAGCAUUUGAUAUCACCAGACUCCAGUUUACGUUUCAUUGCGCACCAUAUUACCUACGGUUGAAGUUUGACCAACCCAUUGCAGAAGGACGCGGGGAACGGGCAACAUUUGACAUUGCCUCAUCCCUUUUAACCGUGUACAUACCGAAGGAAAACCGUGGUGAGGUUUUUACAAACCUUGACAAUCCUGCGUAUCUUAUUGCAACGGAUAUGGAGCGGAGGCGGCUCGUGCAGCUUGUGGGAGGCGUUUGCUCCGCCGUGCGAGCUGAGAAUGAAGCGGCUAAUGAAGAAGAAAGAGAGUGUGGAGAUGAUGAGGGAGAAGACACUGAGUUCCGACAGAGACUUCAAGCACCGCGUGGGCACACCAUUGAUUUGAAGGAGGGCUUCGGCGAUUACGGCUUCGCGGCCAGUUUCCACGGCACGUUCGCUGCGCUUGAUGCCGAUGUAGUGGCUGACAUUCUUGAUCUGCCGUGCAACCCGGAUGAAACGACAGGGGAGCAGCGGCGGCAGCUCCGCACCCAGCGGGAACAGGAGGAUUUUGACGAGGAUGCGGUUCUUCUAAGUUUUGAGGACGCUGAAGGUGAUGUUGAGUGCCUGCUGCGUUAUGUGCCCCAGCACCAGAGGGACUACAUGAAUGCCCUUGAUGCAGAAGGCAUUCGUUACGUCCGACCAGCAACGGCGAUGGAAACAGUUUGUUGCCCCGUGACUAGUGAUAACAGCGGCGACAAUGGUAGCGUCUGUGUUAACCGUUCCGAUACGCUGGAGGAGGAGGAUGUUGUGCUUCCGGACGGCAGUGGUUUGGUAAAUAUAUGGACCGGUAACAUCGCGGACUUUAAGCGGCCACUCAUUGAAGAGGUGCAACCGACGGAGCCGAGCACGGAAGAUCACGAAGCUGCCCAUGCAGCUGCUUCCAGCGUCCCAGACACGAGUGGAGAGAAUUCCACCAUGAGUUCCAAGUGCCUCGCAGUUCCGCAGCGGCGCCCGUGCGCAAACUUUACAACGGAAGAGCAAGCUGUGCUCCUGCGAAUAACCGCGCCACGGUUGCUGUUUCCCCCCGUUGGUAGUGCAGUUAACGCGUUAACUUUGGACAUUCUCUUGGCUGAAGCGUACGACGAUAUUGUAACAGAGGGAGCGGGCUGUAGCGAAUCACUAUGGAAUGUGUGCAAGUUAAGUCCAGCUCUUUCUUGGCUUGACUCCCCCAAUACCGUCUACGAUGCCUGUCUAGCCUUCGCCCGUCGCGUCCUUGUUUACCCGCUGCACCGUAAUUUCGCACUUGUGCAGCGUGCAUUUUCAUUGGUUGGCAUCCGUUUGCUCUUAGGGAAGUCUUAUGUCAUCAAAGCGCUUUUGCGUGUACGUGACAUUCUCGCCCACGCCGAGCACCGCCAUGUUCUCGUGACACUGUUCAUGUCCCCGCUUAUUGGGUAUUGGAUGAAUGUUCAAGAUGUUGACAAGCGACUAGCGCAGCUGGCACUCGAAAUGCAUGGACAUGUCACUCGCACCGCACCCGAGUGGGAAACAGUCCCUCCAACACCUCAUACGGCACUUCUUCUGCAGCAGAGGCGUCAAAUGUUUCCUUUGCACGUUCUCAACUUAGGCCUCCCAAUUUCGUGA